AUGGAAAUCGGAGGUGGAUCAAAACACGAGGGCAUAUUCAUCACAUGUAAUGUUCCAAAAGGUCCAAACAAGACGGAGGAAGAAGACCAGGAGGAGCAUGCUAAGACGAAUCGGAAAUAUCAUCAUUCCCCUGUUGCUCCCACUCGGCACAUGGAGUAUGGCCAGAUGGAAGAAGUCUACAGUGUAUUCGAGCACCGAUCUACCACGUGCUGUUUGUUAACUAGCAUGGCACAACCUUGGAAUCGAGAGUUCUAUCCUGCAGCCUGUGCCAAGGUGGAAUCGCAUGAUGUUAACUUUUGGAACUACCCCAAAGCAGUCAACAGAUUGUCCUACGCCCUGGGAAUGCCAACAAUUUGUUCGCAGUUUUUGUCGCUGAAAUACCUAAUGCAGGAGCUGCUCAUCGCCACCGCCGAGUGA